AUCAAAACAAACCUAAAUUUGCUUUGAUUUACAAAUUUUAGAGAAAAAACUAUCAAAAGAGUCCACAGGUGCACCAAAAACGUUCAAAAUGGAACCAGUAAAGAAACACAAAAAGCAUAAAAAACAUAAAUCAGAGAGAAAAUCGAAAUAUGAUGAACGACCACCAAGUCUUAAAUUAAUUCUUAAAGUGAAUGGAACACCUGAAUACGGCUCUAGCGAUUCUCCUUAUAAUGCAGCAAUUCAUCAUCCAGAUCAUUCAUCAUCAAUGCUCUUCGACAAUACUCAAUCUCAUUCCGAACAUGGUGAAAAGCAUAAGAAAUCGAAAAAGAAGAAAAAGAAGAAGGAUCGUGAGAAGAAACAUAAACAUCAUAAGAAAGAUCGACAUCAUCGACAUGGCUCAAGUGGUGAGGACGCAACAUUGAUGGAUGAUGACGACAGUAGUCAAUUGAUGACUGAAAGUGCUCAACUUUACUAUUCUGCAAUGUCCACUUCUUCAGCAAUAUCAUCAAAUCCUGUAACAAAACCGAUGAUUCCAUUACAAGACCAUCCAAAAGUUUUUCACACUCUUCAGAACGUUCCGAGCGUCUCAAGUGUCGAAACAAAACCAGAAACUCCUCUUGGUCAUCAAGAUUCUCCAAUGACGCCUUCAUCUAUGGACUCAGGUACUAGAGAGCCUCGAACAUGCGUCUUGAAGUUGAAGCAAUCGAGAAGUCCACUGGCAAAACUUCUUGACCAUUUAUUGAAAGCAUUAGAAAAGCGCGAUCCACAUCAAUUCUUCGCAUGGCCUGUAACUGACGACAUUGCUCCUGGCUACUCUUCAAUCAUCACUCGUCCCAUGGAUUUCAGUACAAUUCGACAGAAGAUUGAGGAGAACGAAUAUCAUUUGUUAACCGAUUUCAUUGAAGACUUCCGAUUGAUGUGUGACAACGCUAUUCGAUAUAAUCAUCAUGAAACGGUUUAUAACAAAGCAGCACGACGACUGUUACAAGCUGGAAUGCGUUUACUUCAACCAGAAAAUCUUACACGUGGACCGGUUGCAAUUUUCUUAAAAGAUUUGUCAAUUAAAGAACUUGGCUUUGAUCCAACUAUUAAAUUGGAGCAUCAUGAUGAAGCUUACAGUGUCGAUUCAGCUGAUGAAGGAGCGACGUCAGCAUUAAAUGAUCAACCAGACCCUCAUCGAGAAGAAAGAGAAAGACGCGAACGAAUGAAAGUUGAAUUAGAUCCGAAGACAGCUUACGAACCUUUCGUUGACAAUCUGACACCUGAUGAGAUUCUUGAACAAGUGCAGAAAGCAUCUCGAAGUGUGAAAGCCCGUUUAAGUAAGAAAAGAGCUCAUUCGAUGGGCUUCCUUCGCACUCAUCAUGAUGGCACAACUUCAAUGACAAUUCUCGUUCCAUCUGAGAGUGGAAUUCCCGAGAAAACAAAGAAAAUUGGAGAAUUGACGGGAAAAUUACAAAAGGGAACUGGAUUGCUUCAAUCGUUCCGAGAAGAUCGAAGAAAUAUUGUGAAACUUCCGAAAUUAUUGGAUUAUGGAGCUUUCAGUACUUUUGCACCAACAUUUGAUUCUCGAUUUACAAAUUUGACUAAAGAAGAAACCGAAUUGAUUCUUAACACUUACGGUGAUGAGAAUGGCGCAAACUAUGCAACUUCAAUUGGACGAUUUACGAAAGAUUCGGCUUAUGGCAAUGCUUUAGCAAACAGACUUUUAGACUUGCUGACAAAUGGUGAACAUAGUAAGACGAUGGAAGUAUUAAUGGAGUCAGAAAAUGUGAAACAAGUUCAGAAGGAAGUUGACGAAUUAUUGCCUGAUUACCAGAAAGAAUCGAAACGGUUGGAAAAUGUGACAAUUGACUUUGAUCAACUGAAAUCAUUGAAAGACGAUCUUGGUGUUGAUAUAAGCUUCUUAACAGAGUUUGAGAAAACAAUGAAAGAGCCGGUGAAAGAAGAAUUGCAAACAAAGUUAGAUUCAAACACAUCUUUGAUUGAACAACUUCAUCAAGUUCAACAUGAACGUUUGUCAGCACCAAUUCAACAACAUUUAAGUCUCGUUCCACAUCCAAAUAAACAAGAAGUUGAACUUGCUGAUCAGAUAACAUCAAAUCUUACAAUGAUUGCAAAGAAAUUACCGCCAUGUGCAAUCGCUUCGACAGUUGGUGUGAGAAAAGCAAUGGGAAUUUCACCAGCUCAACUCGAUGACGAUGCAAGGAAAAUUCCAAUCAAUUUCAACACAAAUCGAAGCAGCAAAGAAUCAUUGGUUGAUACAACACCAAUCGAUAUGGAUUUGGAACCACCAGUUGUCUCAACUUUCGACAAUGAACUCAGAGAAUUACUAGGAACUGACUAAGAUAAUUUUAUUUUCCCUUUUAUGCUGUAAAUUUCAACAUUUCUCUCAAUAAAUUUGAAAGAUAUUUUCUAAAAAAAAUUCAUUUCUUUCUAUUGUAUUUUUAUUUCACAUCAAAAUGAAAUUUACAUUGAUUUGGUGUAGAUAAAUAUAUCUAACAUUUAUAUUUGUAAUUUGUUGAAGCUUUUCUUUCUGUGCUUUACAUGGAUGUGUUUGGAAUUUAAUCGCAAUUUCUUAUAAAUUUGUAGGGUUUGAUUAUCACUGACGAUGAUCAGUCGGUGAUCAUUUUUGUCAAACCCUAAUUAUUUUAAUGUGAUACAUUGCUUUGUGUACAUCUUGCAAAUGUCUUGCCGAAAAAUUUUAGUUUUGUUUACAUUUUUUUUUUGAAGAUUUUGGUCCAUUUUAGGGUUUUGUUAUUGAGGAAAAUUAUGAAAAAAAUGAAUAAUAGCAAUAAAUUUUAUGCAAAUGAGUGUGAUG